AUUUCUGAUUCUUGGAAGCAGAGCACCAGCUUUACUGGCAUAGGUUCUUCUCAAAGCAAACGUUUCAGCAGUUCCCCCUGAUCUUCCUAAAACCAAGAGGCUGAACUCCGCAUCUGAUCUCUUGGAAACUUUGCCCAAGCUUUGCCAAGCCAGGAACUGAUCUGCAACCACAGACGAGCAGUUUGUCCCAGACGCCAGGUUGGCUCUGUCAGAAGCUGAAAUGCCAAGUGCCAAGCUGACUGCAUUUUCCCCAGUUGAAUUUACAGUAUCCGCCCUGGAUAAAUCGGGACACAAAAAGGAGGAAGAUGGAAGCAUUUGGAAAAAGCAAACAAACAACAUUCGUGAAACCUUUGUGUUCAUGGAGGUAUUAGGAUCAGGGGCCUUUUCAGAGGUCUACCUUGUGAAGCAUAGAUCUACUGGUCAGCACUUUGCUUUGAAGUGUAUUAAGAAAGUCAACAGUUCGCGAGACAAGAGCCUGGAGAAUGAGAUAGCAGUGCUGAAAAAGAUUAAACAUGAAAACAUUGUGACACUUGAGGAUAUCUACGAGAGUUCUUCACAUUUCUACCUUGUAAUGCAGCUGGUCUCCGGGGGUGAAUUGUUUGACCGUAUUUUAGAACGAGGAGUUUACACUGAGAAAGAUGCCAGCAAUGUGAUACGCCAAGUCCUUUCUGCUGUGAAAUAUCUUCAUGACAAUGGAAUUGUACACAGAGAUUUAAAACCUGAAAACCUACUGUAUCUAACGCCUGAUGACAAUUCCAAGAUAAUGAUAACAGAUUUUGGCCUUUCUAAAAUGGAAGAAAGUGGCAUCAUGUCUACCGCAUGCGGCACUCCGGGAUAUGUGGCACCGGAGGUUCUUGCUCAAAAGCCGUACAGUAAAGCAGUGGACUGCUGGUCUAUUGGAGUUAUUACCUAUAUUUUGCUAUGUGGAUACCCUCCAUUUUAUGAAGAAACAGAAUCCAGACUUUUUGAGAAAAUUAGAGAAGGAGCAUAUGAGUUUGAAUCUCCAUUUUGGGAUGAUAUUUCCAGAUCUGCAAAAGACUUCAUUAGCUGCCUCCUAGAAAAAGAUACAAAGAAGAGGUAUAACUGUGAGAAAGCCCUUAAGCACCCAUGGAUUGCUGGGAACACUGCCCUCCACCGAGAUAUCUAUCGCUCAGUGAGCAUUCAAAUCAAAAAGAACUUUGCUAAAAGCAAGUGGAAACAAGCAUUUAAUGCUGCGACUGUGGUAUAUCACAUGAAAAAACUUCACAUGAAUAACAGCCAGACUAGCACCGGCUUUCCUUCUGAUUCCAAGAAUCAGGUUCCCUCUAUAAAAGUGUGUGACGACACAAGAGCAAACACUCCUAAUGUCAACAGCACAGAGGAAAGGAACACGUCUGAAUUAUUAAAGCUGCAUCCAGAUGUAUCAUCAAGUGAAAUGCCUGUAAGAUCAGGUACAGCAAUGUCUUGUGGUACCAUCAAUGUUGAAAAGAACUCCUGCCUGAGAACAGUAUCAGUCCAUGAACCAUGUACUAGCAAGUCAAAAGAUGCCAUGCCUUCACAUUGUGGGCAGCCUCAAUCAGAGGAAAGCAAGAAAGCCUACAAGAAUCAAUCCCAGAAUCAUCCAACUGACUUGAAUUCGUCCCACAUGUUAAGUAGGGGGGUCCAAAGUAAUAACCCAGGUUCUAGAAAAAUGCUCAGUAAGAGUGCCACACAAAAUUGUGCAACCCAAACCAGCCCAGAUCACCGCAUGCCUGCAGAAAAAAGUUCUGCGAUGAAAGACGACCAUUUGCAAAGAAAAUCAUCUUCUUCGACAAAGGGAAGUCAGGCGUCCGUGACUGUCGAUGUAAAUAAACCACAGCAAAAAGACAACAGUGCAAAGGAGCAUAAGCAAAAUAUUAUAAAUACCAAGAAUCUUUCUCACUCACUAGAUCUCCCUUCACCCCCUGUCCAUUACAGUGAAUCUCCUAAAAGCUCAUUCCGUAAAACUCCUUCAACAAAUUCUCCUUCUAAGAAGUCAACGGUUCCUAAAAGUAUUUUAAUUAGUAGCUCCCAAAAACCUCCUCCUUCCCAAAAAUCUCCUGUGCAAGUUCCUAUUUCUCCAAAAAUCCCUUCUGAAAGGUUCACCCCCCAAACCUCUGUUCAAGACCAUUCAGACAGAAGGAACACGUCUCCAAAGAAAUCUACUUUGGACUAUAAGACGUUAUGUGCAGAUCUGCCUCAGUGCAGACCCCUGGACUUAUCUAAUGGACCCUUUAAGACUGAUAAGAUUUCAGCUUCUGCUAACGUAUAUGUAACAAAUGGAAUGUCAAGCGAGACCUACGAGAAAGGCAAGCCCAUUUCUUGCACUGAAUCAGGCCUGGUAAAGAAAUCACACAAGAAGCAGAAUUUCAUGAAUGCUGUUACGGCUCCGAUGAAAGGGACAAAUUACACCCACUGUGGCAGCGGACAGACAGGUGUCUGUUCCGUUAUGUGACCUGCAUGGUUGUCACUGAAGUUGACGCAUUUUUCAUGAAGGGCAGCACUGGAACUGUGCAUUGAAGCCUAACAUUGAUCACGCUUCAGAAGGGAGCAGAAGAUAUUCCUCUUCAUUUCCUCUUUGGGAACAUCGCCGGAUUCAUGUGGGAGAAUUCUGAGGGACAAGGCAGUGAUUUUUGUCAGACGAUGGGCUGGACUGCUGAGCAUAUCAUGCUCCAUUGCUCCAGCACUUGUGGACAUGUAAUGGAAGACAAGUUUAGUUGCAUAUUAACCAACUGCACUGUAACUGGUGUUAUGACUUUUAUUUUACCUGUGUGUGAAGGUGUAGCAUUGUGUAACUCUUAUCUAUACAUCUGUAGUCUUUAUAAAAAUGUAAAUAUUGUGAAUAAGUGAGAAUGGACACUGUUUCGAAAUGAUAUAAUUAUAAAAAUGUAUAUUGACUGAGAAGCAGGAGUUAUUAGGAGAAGUCUCACGCAGCUACUGAACUGAGGCGCGUUGAUUUAGGAUGCCGCCAUGGUGUAAAUAAUUUAACAGUUUUUGCACAAUUAGAUGUUGAGCUUUCAUUAAAUGGAUUGUUUAUGUAUCCUUAGAAAAUGGCUUCGCUCUCUGCUGUUUAACCAGACAGCUGCUUUUAACAUGGGUUUUGUUCAUGCAUGUAACUCUAUUCAGUCUAUAUUCUUAAAGGAACUGUAACACCAAAAAAAUAAAAUGUUUUAAAGGAAUGGCAAUAUAAUAACUAUUGCUCUACACUGGUAAUAUUGGUGGAUUUGCUUCAGAAAUACAACUAUCGUUUAUGUAAAGAAGCUGCUGUGUAGCCAUGGGGGCAGCCAUUCAAUCACAGGAUACACAAUAGAUAACAGAUAAGUUCUGAUGAAUCCCAUUAUAUACUGCAAUGCUUAUCUGCUGCAUAAUCCUUUUUCAGCUUUGAAUGGCCGCCCUUUGUGGCUACACAGCAGCUUGUUUAUAUGAACUAUAUAAAACACUUUCAUUAUUUGGUAUUACUGUUCCUUUAAUGCUGAUUAACAAUCUCCCCUUUAUAUAAGACAGCAAAGACCAGACAUACAAGGUAUUUUACAUGUCCAUGGUUGUAUGCAAGAUAGUGAUUAGCCACUGUGCAUCUCUUGGCUGCUCCUGUUGGGAUAAAACCCAUAUGCAAUCACUAUGUAAUAUUAUUGUUUAUGUUAGUGCUAGAAACUUCUGGCUGCAGUGGGUGGCACUUAGCUAUCUAUCCAGGAAACAUUUUUAGGUAUACAUACUACCAUCCCAAAAAUUCCCUUAUUUAAAUAUUUUCUAUCAUUUUUACAACUUCUAAGUAAUUUGUGCUGUUUUUCUCUUUGUAAAAUGAAUGUAGUUUUAGAAAAAAAAAUAACUAUUAUUAUUAAAAAUGGAAAUAUGCUGUUUGUCUUGCUGCUAAUUGAUACAGUUAAGGGCUCAAAAUCCCACAAUAAAUGGGUAAUUAUAAAUAUAAUAUAGUAUAUAAUAAUAUAGUAUAAAUAUUAAAUCCUUAUAUCAGUUCCUGUGCUGAAUAAAAAAGUUCAGUACAAGGUGCAAAGCUCAGUUAGAUGUGUCCUUAUUGCCUGCCAUAGGGGAAAGUAUAGGGUGCCAUUGCAACUGGCUUGUCUAAAUGACACCCAUGUAAAGGAAUGGGUCCCUACAUUGGGAACUAGGGUUGCCACCUUUUCCAGUGGGGAAUUCUGGGCAGGGGAUGCUACGAAUGAUGUCAGGGGCAGGGCGGGAGAUGAUUCAGGGCAGGUCUAUUGCACCAAGGGGCAGGGUUAUGACAUGGCAGUUAGCAAUUGGCUGAUCUCCAUGUUAUUAAUGUCAAUGUCCUGCAUGUAGUAAAUGGCCACUUAGAUUUCAGAUAGGAUCUCUGACCAUUAUGGGUGCAAUACUCUCUUACAAAAACAGCUAGGAACUUAACCAUAGAGCAUGACAGCGCUUCUGCUCUGUAAGAGAAAGAUGGUGACCAUUUGAUGAUUCUCUUUCCCCAAAGAUACUUUACCAAACAUGACAUAUUGUAUUCAAAGCACAAUCCAAUCUUUAUUUUUGAUGAUAACGGCCUUCCAGUUACGUUCUGUUGCCUGUGGGCAUUUUAUAAACCGGACGCCAGCUGCUUCAGGUACUCAUGGGAUGCACAGUCCUAUUUCAUUUGCUGGAGACAUUUUGAAAAAGAGAGCGAUGGUUCUUUUUUUUAACUAAUUACCAGGCUGUGUGUCUUUGAUGCCAAUUGUUGUUCUAUGUGUUCCAAUAUGCUCAGGAUUUAAUAUUUUACAAAAUAGCGUGGGUUGAUCUAUAGCUUGGCGUGAAUCAAACUCAGAUGAACUCACCAUGUUCCAAAGCCUGGUGUAUUUAUAGCGGCAUAUUAUAAGAUUUAUUCAGCAGUGUUCCAUAUGCCUAUGGAAAUAAUGUGCUGAACAGAUGCAGCUUGUGUAAUAUGGCAUUAUGAAGUAACUAAUAAAUAUCUAUCUUUCUUUUUUUUUUAAUUAAAAAGA